AUGAGUGAUCCAGAACCCUGCAGAAUGAAACACACUGAAGAUACUGAAGAACAAAGAGAGCUGAUGGAAGUGAAGGAGGAGAGUGAAGAACUGAGUGAAGUGGACGAGGAACAUCAUGACAAACCUGGAGAAAAACCUUCGAGUCGCUCAAAGACUAAAAAGUCAUUUCUAAAGAAAAGAGACAAGAAAUCUACAACCUGCACUCAGUGUGAAAAGAGUUUCUCAACCAAACAACAUCUUAAGAUUCACAUGAGAGUUCAUACAGGAGAGAAGCCGUUCACAUGUGAUCAGUGUGGAAAGAGAUUCACACAAAGAGGAAAUCUUAAGAAUCACAUGAAAGUUCACACUGGAGAGAAGCCGUUCACAUGUGAUCAAUGUGGGAAGAGUUUCUCACAAAAAGUACAUCUUACUGUUCACAUGACAGCUCACACAGGAGAGAAGCCGUUCACAUGUGAUCAAUGUGGGAAGAGCUACAGUCAAUCAUCAAGCCUUAAAGAACACAUGAUGAUCCACAGUGGAGAGAAGCCACACACAUGUGAUCAAUGUGGGAAGAGUUUUACAACAAAACAAAGUCUUGAGAUUCACAGUGGAGUUCAUACCAGAGAGAAGCGGUUCGCAUGUAAUGAAUGCGGCAAAACGUUUCUCUGGGCAUCAAACCUGAAGAAACACCAGAGAGUUCAUACAAAGGAGAAGCCACAUUCAUGUUCUGUGUGUGGAAAGAGUUUUUCACAGCUGUGUAGUUUACAAGAACAUGAGAAAAUACACACUGGUGUGAGAGAGUACAUGUGCUUUGAGUGUGAGAAGACUUUUAUUACAGCAAACCAAUUAAAACGUCAUGAGAGAAUUCACACUGGAGAAAAACCUUACAAGUGUUCACACUGUGACAAGAGAUUCAGUGUGUCAUCAGAUCUGAAAACACAUGAGAGGAUCCAUACUGGAGAGAAACCUCACAAGUGUUCACAGUGUGACAAGAGAUUCGGUCAGUUAGCACAUCUGAAAACACAUGAGAGGAUCCACACUGGAGAAAAACCUUACAAGUGUUCACACUGUGACAAGAGAUUCAGUUGUUCAUCAUAUCUGAAAGCACAUGAGAAGAUCCACACUGGAGAAAAACCUUACAAGUGUUCACACUGUGACAAAAAAUUCAGUCGUUCAUCAUCUCUGAAAACACACGAGAGGAUCCACACUGGAGAGAAACCUUACAAAUGUAAUCAGUGUGGAAAGUGUUUCACACGAUCAUCAAGCCUUAAAGAACACAUGAAGAUCCACACUGGAGAGAAGCCACACACAUGUGAUCAAUGUGGGAAGAGAUUCACGCGAUCAUCACACCUUAAAGAACACAUGAAGAUCCACACUGGAGAGAAGCCGUUCACAUGUGAUCAGUGUGGGAACAGCUACACGCUAUCAUCACGCCUUAAAGCACACAUGACGAUCCACGCUGGAGAGAAGCCGUUCACAUGUGAUCAGUGUGGGAAGAGUUUCAGUCAAUCAUCACACCUUAAAGCACACAUGAGGAUCCACACUGGAGAGAGACCGUUCACAUGUGAUCGGUGUGACAAAACAUUUCGUGGGGAAUCAACCUUAAAGAGACACCUGACAGUUCAUACAAAGGAGAAGCCACAUUCAUGUUCUGUGUGUGGAAAGAGUUUUUCACAGCUGCAUAGUUUACAAGAACAUCAGAAAACACACACUGGUGUGAGAGAGUACAUGUGCCUUGAGUGUGAGAAGACUUUUAUUUCAGCAAACCAUUUAAAACAGCACCAGAUAAUUCACACUGGAGAAAAACUUUACAAGUGUUCACACUGUGAUAAUAGAUUCAGUCAGUCAACACAUCUGAAAACACAUGAGAGGAUCCACACUGGAGAAAAACCUUUCAAGUGUUCACACUGCAACAAGAGAUUCAGUCAGUUAGCACAUCUGAAAACACAUGAGAGGAUCCACACUGGAGAAAAACCUUACAAGUGUUCACACUGUGACAAGAGAUUCAGUCAGCCAACAAAUCUGAAAACACAUGAGAGGAUCCACACUGGAGAAAAACCUUUCAAUUGUAAACCUUGUGGAAAGAGUUUCUCAACCAAACAAAGUCUUGAUGUUCACAUAAGAGUUCAUACAGGAGAGAAGCCGUUCACAUGUGAUCAGUGUGGGAAGAGCUUCACACAAAGAGGAAAUCUUAAGAGUCAUAUGAAAGUUCACACUGGAGAGAGACUGUUCACAUGUGAUCAAUGUGACAAAACAUUUCUUAGGUCAUCAGCGCUGAAGAGACACCUGAGAGUACAUACAAAGGAGAAGCCACAUUCAUGUUCUGUGUGUGGAAAGAGUUUUUCACUGCUGUCAUAUUUAAAUGAACAUGAGAAAACACACACUGGUGUGAGAGAGUACAUGUGCUUUGAGUGUGAGAAGACUUUUACUAAAGCAAACCAUUUAAAAGUGCACCAGAGAAUUCACACCUUAGAAAAACCUUUCAAGUGUUCACACUGUGACAAGAGAUUCAGUGUGUCAUCACAUCUGAAAACACAUGAGAGGAUCCACACUGGAGAAAAACCUUACAAGUGUUCACACUGUGACAAGAGAUACAGUCAGUCAACAGAUCUGAAAACACACGAGAGGAUCCACACUGGAGAAAAACCUUACAAGUGUUCACACUGUGACAACAGAUUCAGUCGGUCAUCAUAUCUGAAAACACAUGAGAGGAUCCACACUGGAGAAAAACCUUACAAGUGUUCACACUGUGACAAGAGAUUCAGUCAGUUAACAAAUCUGAAAAUACAUGAGAGGAUCCACACUGGAGAAAAACCUUACAAGUGUUCACAGUGUGACAAGAGAUUCACUGAUUCAUCACAUCUGAAAACACAUGAGAGGAUCCACAGCAGAGAGAAGCCGCACACAGGAAAGACUUGUGGAAAGAGUUUCACAUGUGAAAAAAACCUUAAAGUCCACAUGAGAAUUCAUACUGGAGAAAAGCCUUAUACCUGCCAACAGUGUGGAAAGAGUUUCAGACAUAAAGAAACCUUUAAAUACCACAUGAGAAUUCAUCACACGGGAGAGAAACCCUUCACCUGCCAACAAUGUGGACAGAGUUUCACACAUAAAGGAAGCCUUAAAGUCCACAUGAGAAUUCACACUGGAGAGAAACCCUUCACCUGCCAACAAUGUGGACAGAGUUUCACAAAUAAAGGAAGCCUUAAAGUCCACAUGAGAAUUCACACUGGAGAGAAGCCUUACACCUGCCAACAAUGUGGACAGAGUUUCAGUCAAAAAAUAAGCCUUAUAGCCCACAUGAGAAUUCACACUGGAGAGAAACCCUUCACCUGCCAACAGUGUGGAAAGAGUUUCAGUCAAAAAAUAAGCCUUAUAGCCCACAUGAGAAUUCACACUGGAGAGAAACCCUUCACCUGCCAACAGUGUGGAAAGAGUUUCAUUAGAAAUGAAAAUCUUAAAGUCCACAUGAGAAUUCACACUGGAGAAAAAACUUUCACCUGCCAACAAUGUGGAAAGAGUUUCACACAUGAAGAAAGCCUUAAAGUCCACAUGAGAAUUCACACUGGAGAAAAGCCAUACAUCUGCAGACAAUGUGGACAGAGUUUCAGUUAUAAAAGAAGCCUUAUAAUCCACAUGAGAAUUCACACUGGAGAAAAUCCAUAUACUUGCCAACAAUGUGGAAAGAGUUUCACACAUGAAGAAAGCCUUAUAAUCCACAUGAGAAUUCACACUGGAGAGAAGCCUUACACCUGCCAACAAUGUGGAAAGAGCUACACACGUGAAGAAAGCCUUAAAGUCCACAUGAGAAUUCACACUGGAGAAAAUCCAUAUAUCUGCCGACAAUGUGGACAGAGUUUCAGUUAUAAAAGAAGCCUUAUAGGCCACAUGAGAAUUCACACUGGAGAGAAGCCUUACACCUGCCAACAAUGUGGAAAGAGUUACACACGUGAAGAAAACCUUACAGACCACAUGAGAAUUCACACUGGAGAAAAGCCAUAUAUCUGCCGACAAUGUGGAAAGAGUUUCAGUCGUAAAAGAAGCCUUAAAGUCCACAUGAGAACACACACUGGAGAAAAGCCUACAACCUGCAGUCAGUGUGGAAAGAGUUUCUCAACCAAACAAAGUCUUGAUUUUCACAUGAGAGUUCAUACAGGAGAGAAGCCGUUCACAUGUGAUCAAUGUGGGAAGAGUUUCAGUCAAUCAGCAAACCUUAAAGCACACAUGAGGAUCCACACUGGAGAGAGACCGUUCACAUGUGAUCAAUGUGACAAAACAUUUAUUAGGUCAUCAGACCUGAAGUCACACCAGAGAGUUCAUACAAAGGAGAAGCCACAUUCAUGUUCUGUGUGUGGAAAGAGUUUUUUACUGCUGUGUAGUUUACAUGCACAUGAGAAAAUUCAUACUGGUAUGAGAGAGUAUGUGUGCUUUGAGUGUGAGAAAACUUUUACUACAGUAAAAACUUUAAAACAGCACCAGAGAAUUCACACUGGAGAAAAACCUUACAAGUGUUCACAGUGUGACAAGAGAUUUAGUCAGUUAUCAAAUCUAAAAACACAUGAGAUGAUCCACACUGGAGAAAAACCUUACAAGUGUUCACAUUGUGACAAGAGAUUCAGUCAGUUAGCACAUCUGAAAACACAUGAGAUGAUCCACACUGGAGAAAAACCUUACAAGUGUUCACAGUGUGACAAGAGAUUCAAUAAGUCAUCAGCUCUGAAAACACAUGAGAAGAUCCACACUGGAGAAAAACCUUACAAGUGUUCACACUGUGACAAGAGAUUCAGUGAUUCAUCACAUCUGAAAACACAUGGGAGGAUCCACACUGGAGAAAAACCUCACAUGUGUUCACAGUGUGGCAUGAGAUUCAAUAUGUCAUUAUCUCUGAAAACACAUGAGAUGAUCCACACUGGAGAAAAACCUUACAAGUGUUCACAGUGUGACAAGAGAUUCAAUAUGUCAUCAUCUCUGAAAACACAUGAGAAGAUCCACACUGGAGAAAAACCUUACAAGUGUUCACGCUGUGACAAGAGAUUCACUCAGUCAGUAAAUCUGAAAACACAUGAGAAGAUCCACACUGGAGAAAAACCUUACAAGUGUUCACAGUGUGACAAGAGAUUCACUCAGUCAGUAAAUCUGAAAACACACAAGAGGAUCCACACUGGAGAAAAACCUUACAAGUGUUCACAGUGUGGCAUGAGAUUCAGUGAUUCAUCAUAUCUGAAAACACAUGAGAGGAUCCACACUGGAGAAAAACAUUACAAGUGUUCACACUGUGACAAGAGAUUCAAUCAGUCAUCAACUCUGAAACGGCAUGAGAAGAUCCACACUGGAGAAAAACCUUACAAGUGUUCACACUGUGACAAGACAUUCAGUCGGUCAUCAAAUCUAAAAACACAUGAGAGGAUCCACACUGGAGAAAAACCUUACAAGUGUUCACACUGUGACAAGAGAUUCAAUAAGUCAUCAUCUCUGAAAACACAUGAGAGGAUCCACAGCAGAGAGAAGCAGCACACAUGUGAUCAGUGUGGAAAGAGUUUCUCUUUUAAAAGUCACCUGAAGAUACACAUGAGAGUUCAUACAGGAGAGAAGCCGUUCACAUGUGAUCAGUGUGGGAAGAGUUUCACACAAAGAGGACAUCUUAAGGAUCACAUGAGAGUUCAUACAGGAGAGAAGCCGUUCACAUGUGAUCAGUGUGGGAAGAGUUUCACACAAAAAGGAAGUCUUAAGGAACACAUGAAAGUUCACACUGGAGAGAAGCCGUUCACAUGUGAUCAAUGUGACAAAACAUUUCUAGGGUCAUCAGCCCUGAAGAGACACCUGAGAGUUCAUACAAAGGAGAAGCCACAUUCAUGUUCUGUGUGUGGAAAGAGUUUUUCACAACUGUGUAGUUUACAAAAACAUGAGAAAACACACACUGGUGUGAGAGAGUACAUGUGCUUUGAGUGUGAGAAGACUUUUACUACAGCGAACAAUUUAAAACUGCACCAGAGAAUUCACACUGGAGAAAAACCUUACAAGUGUUCACACUGUGACAAGAGAUUCAAUAAGUCAGUAAAUCUGAAAACACACGAGAGGAUCCACACUGGAGAAAAACCUUACAAGUGCUCACAGUGUGGAAAGAGUUUCUCAACCAAACAACAUCUUAAGAUUCACAUGAGAGUUCAUACAGGAGAGAAGCCGUUCACAUGUGAUCAGUGCAGGAAGAGUUUCAGUCAAUCAUCAAGCCUUAAAGAACACAUGAAAGUUCACACUGGAGAGAAACCGCACACAUGUGAUCAAUGUGGGAAGAGCUUCACAACCAAACAACAUCUUAAGGUUCACAUGAGAGUUCAUACAGGAGAGAAGCCGUUCACAUGUGAUCAGUGUGGGAAGAGUUUCUCACGAUCAUCAAGCCUUAAAGAACACAUGAAAAUUCACACCGGAGAGAGAUCGUUCACAUGUGAUCAAUGUGGGAAGAGUUACACACAAAAAGGAAAUCUUAAGGAUCACAUGAGAGUUCACACUGGAGAGAAGCCGUUCACAUGUGAUCAGUGUGGGGAGAGUUUCAGUCAAUCAACAAACCUUAAAAAACACAGGAGGAUCCACACUGGAGAGAAGCUACACACAUGUGAUCAAUGUGACAAAACAUUUCUAGAGUCAUCAACCCUGAAGAGACACCUGACAGUUCAUACAAAGGAGAAGCCACAUUCAUGUUCUGUGUGUGGAAAGAGUUUUUCACUGCUGUAUUAUUUAUAUCAACAUCAGAAAACACACACUGGUGUGAGAGAGUACAUGUGCUUUGAGUGUGAGAAGACUUUUACUACAGCAAACAAUUUAAAAGUGCACCAGAGAAUUCACACUGGAGAAAAACCUUACAAUUGUUCACACUGUGACAAGAGAUUUAGUGAUUCAUCAUCUCUGAAAAUACACGAGAGGAUCCACAGCAGAGAGAAGCCGCACACGUGUGAUCAGUGUGGAAAGAGUUUCACUAUUAAAAGUAACCUGAAGAUACACAUGAGAAUUCACACUGGAGAAAAACCUUACAAGUGUUCACACUGUGACAACAGAUUCAGUCAGUCAUCACAACUGAAAACACAUGAGAGGAUCCACACUGGAGAAAGAUCUUACAAGUGUUCAUACUGUGACAAGAGAUUCAGUCGUUCAUCAUCUCUGAAAUCACAUGAGAGGGUCCACACUGGAGAGAAGCUGCACACGUGUGAUCAGUGUGGAAAGAGUUUCACUAUUAAAAGUCACCUGAAGAUACACAUGAGAAUUCACACUGGAGAAAAACCUUACAAGUGUUCACACUGUGACAACAGAUUCAGUCAGUCAUCAUCUCUGAAAACACAUGAGAAGAUCCACACUGGAGAAAAACCUUACAAGUGUUCACACUGUGACAACAGAUUCAGUCAGUCAUCAUCUCUGAAAACACAUGAGAAGAUCCACACUGGAGAAAAACCUUACAAGUGUUCACACUGUGACAAGAGAUUCAAUCAGUCAUCAUCUCUGAAGACACAUGAGAGGAUUCACACUGGAGAAAAACCUUACAAGUGUUCACACUGUGACAAGAGAUUCAAUCAGUUAGCACAUCUGAAACAACACAAGAAGAUCCACACUGGAGAGAAGCUGCACACAUGUGAUCAGUGUGGAAAACGUUUCACUAUUAAAAAUCACCUGAAGAUACACAUGAGAAUUCACACUGGAGAAAAACCUUACAAGUGUUCACACUGUGACAAGAGAUUCAGUCAGUCUUCAUCUCUAAAAACACAUGAGAGGAUCCACACUGGAGAGAAGCCACACACGUGUGAUCAGUGUAAAAAGAGUUUCUCUAUUAAAAAUCACCUGAAGAUACACAUGAGAGUUCAUACAGGAGAGAAGCCGUUCACAUGUGAUCAGUGUGGAAAGUGUUUCACACGAUCAUCAAGCCUUAAAGAACACAUGAAGAUCCACACUGGAGAGAAGCCGUUCACAUGUGAUCAGUGUGGGAAGAGUUUCACGCGAUCAUCACACCUUAAAGAACACAUGAAGAUCCACACUGGAGAGAAGCCGUUCACAUGUGAUCAGUGUGGGAACAGCUACACGCUAUCAUCACGCCUUAAAGCACACAUGACGAUCCACGCUGGAGAGAAGCCGUUCACAUGUGAUCAGUGUGGGAAGAGUUUCAGUCAAUCAUCACACCUUAAAGCACACAUGAGGAUCCACACUGGAGAGAGACCGUUCACAUGUGAUCAGUGUGACAAAACAUUUUGUGGGGAAUCAACCUUAAAGAGACACCUGACAGUUCAUACAAAGGAGAAGCCACAUUCAUGUUCUGAGUUUGGAAAGAGUUUUUCACAGCUGCAUAGUUUACAAGAACAUCAGAAAACACACACUGGUGUGAGAGAGUACAUGUGCCUUGAGUGUGAGAAGACUUUUAUUUCAGCAAACCAUUUAAAACAGCACCAGAGAAUUCACACUGGAGAAAAACCUUACAAGUGUUCACACUGUGAUAAUAGAUUCAGUCAGUCAACACAUCUGAAAACACAUGAGAGGAUCCACACUGGAGAAAAACCUUACAAGUGUUCACACUGUGACAAGAGAUUCAGUCAGCCAACAAAUCUGAAAACACAUGAGAGGAUCCACACUGGAGAAAAACCUUUCAAGUGUUCACAGUGUGACAAGAGAUUCAAUAAGUCAUCACAUCUGAAAACACACGAGCGGAUCCACAUUCAUACAGGAGAGAAGCCGUUCACAUGUGAUCAGUGUGGAAAGAGUUUCAGUCAAUCAUCACACCUUAAAGCACACAUGAGGAUCCACACUGGAGAGAAGCCACACACAUGUGAUCAAUGUGACAAAACAUUUCUAGGGUCAUCAGCCCUGAAGAGACAUCUGAGAGUUCAUACAAAGGAGAAGCCACAUUCAUGUUCUGUGUGUGGAAAGAGUUUUUCACAGCUGAAUAGUUUAAAAGAACAUGAGAAAAUACAUACUGGUGUGAGAGAGUACAUGUGCUUUGAGUGUGAGAAGACUUUUACUACACAGAGCGAUUUAAAAAAGCACCAGAGAAUUCACACUGGAGAAAAACCUUACAAGUGUUCACACUGUGACAUGAGAUUCAAUAAGUCAUCAUCUCUGAAAACAAAUGAGAAGAUCCACACUGGAGAAAAACCUUACAAGUGUUCACACUGUGACAAGAGAUUCAAUAAGUCAUCAUCUCUGAAAACAAAUGAGAAGAUCCACACUGGAGAAAAACCUUACAAGUGUUCACACUGUGACAAGAGAUUCAAUAAGUCAUCAUCUCUGAAAACAAAUGAGAAGAUUCACACUGGAGAAAAACCUUACAAGUGUUCACACUGUGACAAGAGAUUCAGUCGGUCAGAACAUCUGAAAACACAUGAGCGGAUCCACACUGGAGAAAAACCUCACAAGUGUUCACAGUGUGACAAGAGAUUCAGUCUGUCAUCAUAUCUGAAAACACAUGAAAGGAUCCACACUGGAGAAAAACCUUACAAGUGUUCACACUGUGACAAGAGAUUCAGUCAGCCAACAAAUCUGAAAACACAUGAGAAGAGCCACACUGGAGAAAAACCUUACAAGUGUUCACACUGUGAAAAGAGAUUCAGUCGGGCAGAACAUCUGAAAACACAUGAGAGGAUUCACACUGGAGAGAAACCUUACAAGUGUUCACACUGCGACAAGAGAUUCAGUCUGUCAUCAUAUCUGAAAACACAUGAGAUGAUCCACACUGGAGAGAAACCUUACAAGUGUUCACAGUGUGACAAGAGAUUCAAUCAGUCAUCACAUCUGAAAACACAUGAGAGGAUCCACAGCAGAGAGAAGCCGCACACGUGUGAUCAGUGUGGAAAGAGUUUCUCUUUUAAAAAUCACCUGAAGAUACACAUGAAGAUCCAUGCAGGGGAAAACCCCUACAUGUGCUUUGAGUGUGAGAAGACUUUUACUACAGCAAACAGUUUAAAACAGCACCAGAGAAUUCACACUGGAGAAAAACCUUUCAAGUGUUCACAGUGUGACAAGAGAUUCAAUCAGUCAUCAUCUCUGAAAACACAUGAGAGAAUUCACAGCAGAGAGAAGCUGCACACGUGUGAUCAGUGUGGAAAGAGUUUCAGUCUGUCAUCAUAUCUGAAAAGACAUGAGAGGAUCCACACUGGAAAGAAACCUUACAAGUGUUCACACUGUGACAAGAGAUUCAGUCAGUCAUCAUCUCUGAAAAGACAUGAGAGGAUCCACAACAGAGAAGUGGCACACACGUGUGAUCAGUGUGGAAAGAGUUUCUCUAUUAAAAGUAACCUGAAGAUACACAUGAAGAUCAAUGCAGUGGAGAAACCACAUCACCACAGUCUGAAACCACAAUAAGUAGUUCAUCUUUAUGUGCUGAGAAACAAAGUAGUUUCCUUACAGCCACAAUAAGCGGCAGGACAGUUUGGUGGUUGCUUAGUGUCUGCUUGAAAAAUCUGAAUUUUCUCCUGAAACUACAACAGAAUGAUCAAAUCACUGUUAAAACAGACUGUAUGGAUUUUUCCCUUAAGAUCAAUGUGACAAACUAGUGACACUUAGUGAACAAACUGCCUUGUUUCUUUCUAUUAUUGUCAUUUACAACAUAACAACCUGUAAUUGACAAUAUUACCUCGCUGUUGGUCCUCUUCAUUCGUUCCAUGAUAAAUCUCCCACUAUUUCCCCAUCAUCAUUCCUUCAAUCAUCUGUAGUAGUUCUUGUACCUGAUCGUCUGAUUUACUCCUGAUAUUGAAACAGUAAAAUCGUCCAAAAAAAUAUUGUUUUAAGUGUGUAAAUGAGUCUUAAAGCAGAAGCAUGUGAACUUUAUACCCACUGGAAUAAACAACUGCAAUCAUUAAAAAAACCCCUCUAUAUUAAGUUACAAGUUAUCAAUCUGAUCUAAACAAUGAUCAAUCAAUAUUGGAAUUAAAUGUUUUAAUGUUUGACCUGAGAGCCUGUUCACAUUCAAACUGGAUUGAGUCUGAAUCAGUGUUUUAUUAGUGAAUUAGACACAUGUUUAUCAGAUGAAACUUGCCUGCAGUUUCAUUCCUCACUGAAAAACACAUUCACACUUACAGAAAAUUCACUUCAACACAGUUUGAUCUGAAUCAGGACAGAUUGAUGCAUUUUACUGAAGUGUGUCUCUCUCACCUCUGAACAUGCUCUCAUGGCUGUAAUGAAAGAAAAGAAGCAUUGAGCAUCAUUCCUAAUGUUAAUGAAUGUUUCAUUGAUUCACACUAUAUGAGUUUGUCUUCACAUUGAACUGCAGCUCUAAUGAUUUAUAGUUAAUACCAAAUAACAUAUUCAUCUGUUUUAAUGUUUAAACAGAAAAUAUGAUUGAGUUGUUUAGAGAGAUUGAGUUGAUUUACUCCAUCUGCAGAAUCACAGAUGAAUCUUAUCUGUAAAUCUCAUGAUUUCAGAUUCACACAGUGAGAAGUGAUGAGACGAUCAGAAGAGAAAGAAAUAACAGGAUUGUAGGAUUUGGACUUUUGAAUUUUAUCUCUAGGACUGUUGGAAAGGAAACACUCGCCCUGGUGGUCCGGUCAGAACCCAGGUUCUUUCCUUUAAUGACUUUACUGAAGCAUUUGUUUGGUCUGUACAAAGAUAAAUAACAAUUACAAUAAGUAAAUAAUACAGACUUCAGAUUCAAUUAUUUAACAGUCCAAUAUAACAAACAAUAAUACAUGUAAUAUGGAAUAUUAUUCGUAAUUCACGAGUUCACACUUACAAAUGAUCAGGUAGUAAAUAGUAUGCGAAGCAGUAUGUGUAUUUGGCGUGCUGUCCGAGGAGAGGGCUCCGAGCUCGGUAUUUGACCUUAACCCAGAGUUCUCCCCAAAAAUUGCAAACCAAUGCUGGACAGCAGCCGGAAACAUUACUGAUGACCCCCAAAAAUUGCACUGCGUAGGCUGAUUGUGCUGUUUGGAGGGUUAGUUCA